AUGCCCGGGCCGCCGUGGCGGGCCACAUAUAGGGGCUGGGAGGGCGGCUACCCCGAGAUCGUCAAGGAGAACCAGCUGUUCGAGCACUACUACCGCGAGCUCGGGAUCGUGCCCGACGGCGAGUGGGACCAGUUCAUGACUGCGCUCCGCGAGCCGCUGCCGGCCACGCUGAGAAUCACGGGCUACAAGAGCCAUGCAAAAGAAAUUCUUCAUUGUUUGAAGAACAAGUAUUUUAAGGAAUUGGAGAAUCUGGAGGUGGAUGGUCAGAAAGUUGAAGUUCCACAGCCCUUAAGUUGGUAUCCUGAAGAACUUGCCUGGCACACAAACUUAAGUCGGAAAAUCUUGAGAAAGUCUCCACAGUUGGAAAAGUUUCAUCAGUUCCUGGUCAGCGAGACUGAAUCUGGGAACAUCAGUCGUCAGGAAGCCGUCAGCAUGAUUCCGCCACUGCUGCUUGGUGUCCGGCCACAUCAUAAGAUCUUAGAUAUGUGUGCAGCCCCUGGAUCGAAGACCACACAGCUAAUUGAAAUGCUGCAUGCAGACAUGAACGUCCCCUUUCCAGAGGGAUUUGUUAUCGCUAAUGAUGUGGACAACAAGCGCUGCUAUCUGCUCGUUCAUCAGGCCAAAAGGUUAAGCAGUCCCUGCAUCAUGGUGGUAAACCAUGACGCAUCCAGCAUCCCUAGACUCACAGUGGAUAUGGACGGAAGGAAAGAGAUUCUCUUCUAUGAUCGAAUUUUAUGUGAUGUCCCUUGCAGUGGAGAUGGCACCAUGAGAAAAAACAUUGACGUUUGGAAGAAGUGGAGCACCCUAAACAGCCUGCAGCUGCAUGGUCUACAGCUGCGGAUUGCCACGCGUGGCGCGGAGCAGUUGGCAGAAGGGGGGAGGAUGGUGUACUCUACGUGCUCGCUGAACCCCAUCGAGGAUGAAGCAGUCAUAGCAUCCUUGCUGGAGAAGAGCGAAGGUGCUCUGGAGCUUGCUGAUGUAUCUGGUGAACUGCCAGGACUGAAGUGGAUGCCUGGAGUCACUCAGUGGAAGGUCAUGACAAGAGAUGGGCAGUGGUUUGCCGACUGGGACGAGGUCCCCCACAGUCGGCAUACCCAAAUCCGACCUACCAUGUUCCCGCCGAAGGACCUGGAGAAGUUACAGGCCAUGCACCUAGAGCGAUGCCUUAGAAUAUUACCCCAUCAUCAGAAUACUGGAGGGUUCUUUGUGGCAGUACUGGUCAAAAAAUCUUCAAUGCCAUGGAAUAAACGGCAACCAAAGGUGCAGGGCAGAUCUGCAGAAACCAGAGAAACCUCACAGCCAAGCCCUGCACCUCCCACAGAGGAAAACCUCACAGAGUCCGGUGAGCUGCAGAAUCAGCCAGAGACUGGGCCUGGGGACACAGACAUCAGCGAGACAGCUGUGAGCAGCUUAGAGAAUGAGACCAAGAAAGAUGGAGUGUGUGGUCCUCCUCCAUCUAAGAAAAUGAAGUUAUUUGGAUUUAAAGAAGAUCCAUUUGUAUUUAUUCCUGAAGAUGACCCAUUAUUUCCACCUAUUGAGAAGUUUUAUGCUUUGGAUCCUUCAUUCCCAAGGAUGAAUCUGUUAACUCGAACUACAGAAGGGAAGAAGCGGCAGCUCUACAUGGUUUCUAAGGAGCUGCGCAACGUGCUGCUGAACAACAGUGAGAAGAUGAAGGUUAUUAACACGGGGAUAAAGGUGUGGUGUCGAAAUAACAGUGGUGAAGAGUUUGACUGUGCCUUCCGGUUGGCACAGGAGGGAAUAUAUACAUUGUAUCCAUUCAUUAAUUCAAGAAUUAUAACUAUAUCAAUGGAAGAUGUCAAGAUAUUGUUGACCCAGGAAAACCCUUUUUUUAGAAAACUUAGCAGUGAGACCUACAGCCAAGCCAAGGACCUAACCAAAGGAAGUGUUGUGCUGAAAUAUGAGCCGGAUUCUGCGAGUCCAGACGCCCUUCAGUGCCCCAUCGUGCUGUGCGGCUGGCGGGGAAAAGCCUCCAUUCGGACUUUUGUGCCCAAGAACGAGCGGCUGCAUUACCUGCGGAUGAUGGGGCUGGAGGUGCUGGGAGAGAAGAAGAAGGAGGGGCUCAUUCUCACCGGGGAGAACGUGGCUGAGCCUGUGCAGACAGGGGCCCAGGAGUGCGCCGAGCCCCAAGCAGAGGCUGACGCCCCGGACAGCACCCCAGGCGGUGACUCAGCCGCAGCCGAGCCUCCCCGGUGAGGACUGGCACGCCGAGCCCGCCGCUUCCCUUGGUGUUGGAAACCGAGUCCAGAGCCACCUCUGACUGUAAAGCGUACUUCUAAAGCCUGCAGGCGGGUGUGCGGGGAGGAGCUGUACGGCUCUUACCGCGCUGAUGACAGAGGAAGAUUUGUAACAUCUGGAGUGGGGCUGGGUCCCGUGGCCCUUUGGGGGCAGAAAGCUGCCCUGCUGGGUUCGGGUCCCUGUGUCUGUGUUGUCUUUAAGAUGACCGCUGUGGGGGGGCGUUCCCAGCUCCUGGUACCUGGACGCCGCUGUCACCUUCACGACGCUGUCGAGUGGCAUGCUAGCCGUGCACCGUGCGUCUGGGGCCUCGGGUGACUUUGUGCCUUUUGUAAUGGAGGGUGGAGUAAACUUCCUUGGGUUUGCACUCUGUCGGGAACUGUGAUGCAGGCCGUGGAAGCUUUGUGCUUUUCUUCAGGGGUGCUCCUGACUGGAGUGGCCAUCCUUGGGUGUCUCAAUAAAGAGUUGUUAAUGA